CCUCCCAGCUUCAGAAACAGCCCCUUGGAGCCCGCGGUGCUCAGCACAGGAGCACAGAAAUUGCUGCAAUGAAGUCUGGAGAACCAGGACGGGGGAAGCACCCAGGCACCCUGAGCUGCAGGGCACCCGCCGGGGCACAGGGAUCUGGCCACCCCGCGCUGCUCCUGGCCUUGCUGGGGCUCCUCGGCAUGCCUGUGGCUCGCAGUGACUGCGGGCCCCCACCUCGCAUGACCCACUCCAGACCGUCCAGCGACGAGCACGCCAGCAGCUUCCCUGUUGGAUCCCGGGUGACGUACACGUGCAUCGAAGGCGCCAUCAAAAUCCCCGGGAGAUCGGACGUGGUGGAGUGCCUGCCUGGUGCACGCUGGUCAAAACUGCCCGAGCCCUGCGGCCGGAGCUGUCCUGCCCCGACCAGGUUGCGGUUUGCUGCCCUCUCCAAGGCGGACGAGAGGAUUAAUUUCUUUCCUGUUGGGACCAACGUGAGCUACGUCUGCCGCCCUGGCUAUGAGAACAUCUCGGAAAGUUUCCCCACCAGCACUUGCCUUGAAAACCUGGCGUGGUCGGAGGCUGCUGAGCUGUGCAGGAGGAGAUCCUGCGGCGACCCGGGCGCGCUGCCCGGGGGUGGGAUGGCGGCUCUUACAGACCUGCAGUUCGGGGCAAGAGUGAACGUGUUCUGCCAAGACGGGUACAAAUUAGAUGGGAGUCAUUUCAUCCAGUGUCAGCUUAAAGGAAACAAUGUUGAAUGGAGUAAACUUCCAACUUGCGAAUUAAUUACCUGCUCUUCACCUCCUCAAGUUAGCAAUGGAAAGCAUGAUGGCGAAGGUGUAGAAAAAUUUGCAUAUAACUCAACAGUGACUUACAGCUGCAAGUCUGGCUUCCAGCUCGUUGGCAAUGCGAGCAUCCGUUGUACGAGCAUGGACAAAGCAAACGGGGUCUGGAGCGGAGCUGCACCUGAAUGCAAAGAGAAAAGCACAUCUGUCAAACUCGGAGCAAAAGAAAUGGAAAGAAGUCCUCCUCCCCAAAAACCCCGUGGAAACGGCAUCCAACCAUCUAAGAAGACUUUCACAUGGGAAAUGAAGCUCAACCUUUAUAAAAAGUCCCUCCAAAAUACCAUCUCUUUCUCACGUUCUUCUUUCUCCAGGACACCAGUGUCAAGGAGCUGUGCUACCUCAGCGUUCAGAUUUGUUGUACCUUUGUACAAAACCCCAAACUACUAUUCUCCUGGGACCAGCCAAGGAUCCGUGUGUCUUCCAAAGUAUAUGGGGAUCUCUGGCAUCCUCCCCCAACCUGGCUGCUUUGAAAACUUAAAAUGGUCUAAAGUUGCAUCAUUUUGUGGAACGAGGUCGUGGGCAGCCAGAAGAAGUUGGACAUGGCAGAAGUGCUGCUACAACAGAUUCCCCAUCCGCUGCAAAGGAUCAUUUUACCCGUAAAAAGGGCUGUGUAUAUGGCCCAUAGGAACUGCAUGGAAAGAUUUAUCUAUAGCUUUGGAGCAGUUUAUUUGUGACGGGUCUGCCCUCGUCCAGUGAUGCCGUGACCAAGGGACCCCCGCAGAAGAAACCCCGGGAGGAGGCAUUUGCACUUCCCCUGCAUGAUUGCAAAGACAACUGGCACGUGCUGCCCUUCCUGCCAUCUCACUGCAGAUGUAGACAGGACACACAGUUAAAUGCCCCAACAAAAUAUUUUGUUAACCUUUCAAACAAAAAUAGCACUGUAAACAUAAUGCAUGCAAAGCAUUUGCCGUGUUCUGUUUCUAUGCAAUGGUUGUACUUGUCAGGACUCUUACAGUUUGCUUUAAAACACAGAACAAGCUAGAUCAAGUCUGUCCCAUGUACAUGUACAAAAUGUAUUUUUUUAAUUGUGAUAUGCUUUAACGUUCCAAGAAAUUGAUUGAAAAUUA